AUGUCAUGAAGACUAAAAUAUAAACACUGUUAAUAGAUUAUAGAUUACUAAUCCCUUUUUUCUAAACAAGAGAUUCUUUCUUCGUUAAACCUUUAUACAUUUUAAAGUAGAACAAUGUCUGAAAGAAAAGUGCUAAACAAAUACUAUCCUCCGGAUUUCGAUCCAGCGAAAAUCCCUCGCAUGAAAUUGCCCAAAAAUCGACAAUACACCGUGCGUCUGAUGGCCCCAUUUAACAUGAGAUGCGAAACGUGCGGCGAGUACAUUUACAAAGGUAAAAAAUUUAACGCGCGUAAAGAGGAUGUAGAAAAUGAAGAUUAUCUCGGCAUAAGAAUAUACAGGUUCUAUAUAAAAUGCACCAGGUGUCUCCAAGAGAUUUCUUUCAAAACUGACCCCAGAAACACCGAUUAUGAAAUCGAGGCGGGAGCCACGAGGAACUUUAUGGCCCUGAAACUGGCCGAAGAACAAGCACAAAGGGAAGAAGAGGAAGCCAAAGAGGAAGAAGCGAAUAACCCCAUGAAACUUUUAGAAAACCGAACCAAACAGUCCAAGAAUGAAAUUGAACUUUUGGAGUCUUUAGAGGAGCUUAAAGACCUAAACAAACGGCAGCAAGUGGUCGACUUUGACACCAUGUUAUCUGUGUAUGACUCUAGUUUAAGUCAACGAGAGAGGGAAGAGCAGCUUAAGCAGCUCGAUGAGGAAUAUAUUAAAACAGUUAAGUUUGGUGGUGCAAAUAAAAGAAAAGUGGUGGUUGAAGAGGAAAUUAUUGAGGAUGUUGUUGAAGAACCACCAAGUAAAGUAGUUAUAAAAGAGGAUGAACCCAGUGCUUCCAAGACUUCCUCAGGAAAUUGGGGUAUAAAUGGGAAUAAACAGAAAAGUGUAUUGGUUAAAAAACCUUUAAGUGGAUUAGUGAAAGUUAAAACAAGUAGUGAGAAAAUUGUGACAGGUGUUAAUGAGAAUGCCACAGCUGCUAAAAAUGGAUUAUCAUUAUUAGGAGCUUAUUCUGAUAGUGAUUCUGAGUGACACUUUUAGCUCUGUAAUUACUGUUUGGUUCAAUGACAUUAAGUAUUGAUCAUAAAUAUAGUUUCUUCUUGAAGAAAAGGUGCAUUGCAUUUAGAGAAUGUAUAUAGGUCUCAGACUAUUUAUUAAGGCAUAUCAACAACAUAUGAAUUUGUAUUUCUAUAUGUUAGGAUUAAAAUUUUUAACAUUUAACAAUUUUUAUUGGCCAAUAAUAAAUAAAUAUAAGACCAA